AUGAUCGCGCAUGAGGCGGUUCAUGCUUUGAAAGCUCACCCACUGAUGUCGAAGGAAUUGAUGGUGGUCAAAACAGAUAUGUCUAAGGCGUUUGACAAGGUUGAGUGGAGUUAUCUAAGACGUCUUCUGGAAGCUUUAGGUUUUGAUCGUCUUUGGAUGGAUUGGACUAUGGCGUGUGUUUCAUCUGUAUCCUAUGCUGUGUUAAUGACUGAUCAACCUUUCGGUUUGAUCAAGCCACAACGUGGAAUUCGCCAAGGGGACCCUUUGUCUCCGUUUUUGUUUGUAUUAUGUACUGAAGGCCUCUCUCAUCUAUUGAACAGAGCUGAAAGGGAUGGAAACUUGCAAGGUUUGCAGUUCUCGGAACAUGGUCCUUCUAUUCAUCACCUCUUGUUUGCAGAUGACAGUCUGUUCAUGUGUAAAGCUGAUGUGUCUCAAGCUCGCGUACUUAAGAGGAUUCUGGACAUUUAUGAUAAUGCUACUGGUCAAACCAUCAAUGUUCAAAAGUCUGCAAUCUCUUUUGGUAGAGAUAUUGACAUUGGUUCGAAGGCUUUGAUUCAGAAGGUCUUAGGUAUUGUGAAUGAGGGAGGGACAAGUAAAUAUUUAGGGCUUCCGGAGUGCUUCAGUGGUUCUAAGGUGGAGUUAUUGGGAUAUCUUAAAGAAAGAACUAAUGGCAGGCUGAACUCUUGGUAUAUGCGUAAGCUUUCUCAAGGUGGAAAAGAGAUAUUAUUAAAAUCCACGGCUUCAGCUCUUCCGUUGUUUGCUAUGUCCGUUUUUAAACUUCCAAAGAAGGUGUGCUCGAAGCUCUCUAGUGCAAUGGCAGAUUUUUGGUGGGGAGCGGAUUCUCACUUGAAGAAAAUUCACUGGUUAUCAUGGGAUAAGCUUUGUUUGUCUAAGGAAUAUGGUGGCUUGGGUUUUCGUGAUCUGGAAGCUUUUAACCAGGCGCUUCUAGCUAAACAGGCUUGGAAAAUUUUAUCUUCUCCUGAAUCCUUGGUAGCUCGGUUUCUUAAGAGUAGAUACUUCCCUAAUGGUGAAUUUUUGGAAGCUUCCUUAGGAAAAAGGCCGUCUUAUGCUUGGAGAAGCUUGUUAUUUGGUAGAGAGCUACUCAACAAAGGUAUCAAGAAGAGGGUUGGUGAUGGAAACUCGAUCUUUGUUUGGUCAGAUAGAUGGAUUGAAGAUGACUCUGAUGGUUAUGGCCUUAGGGCUCUUUGGAUUAAAAAUUUGUUGUUUGAUGCCAACCUAAAGGUCAGCAACCUUAUUGAUUUUAGUGCCAGAAGGUGGAAUAGAGUUGCAUUGGAAGAUCUUUUUGUUCCUUCAGAUAUCAGGAUCCUUCUACAGAAUCAGCCAGUGGUUUCGAAACAAGAUUUCUGGUCUUGGAAGUUUAAGAGAAGUGGGACCUAUUCGGUAAAGUCAGGAUAUUGGCUUGCAUCUCAAGAAAAUUUUUUUGAGUUGAAACGUCAGAUGGAAGCUCUUCUCUCUGUUAAUUGCUUAAAGGCUUUAUCCUGGAAGAUCUCUGCUCCCUCAAAGUUGCGCUGUUUUGUGUGGAAAGCACUUUCUGAUGCUUUACCUGCUACGGAUCUUGUUCUAGCUAGAGGAAUGAAGGGAGAUAAUAGAUGUCAACUGUGUGGAUUGGAGGGUGAAUCCAUUAAUCACAUUAUGUUUCAGUGUGACCUAGCAAGGCAAACUUGGGCGAUGUCCAACAUUCCCUUACCUAAGAAUGGGUUUCAGGACUCUUCUAUUUUCUCCAAUCUAUACUUCAUGUUCUAUCUUCAUAAGAAUAAGCAUGUUGAAGCCAUUAAUUCUCGGGUCUGGCCUUGGAUUUUAUGGUUUCUUUGGAAAAAUAGAAAUGGCUUCCUGUUUGAAGGUUCUUUAUUUUCUCCAUCGGACAUCCUUUUGAAGGCACAUGAAGAAGCUGAGCAAUGGUUUAUGGCUCAAGAGGUAGAUGGAGAGGCUGAGGUUAUGUUGAUGAAUCAUGAACUUCAGGAAUGUUCGCCAAAAGUGUCUUUUCCUAGGCUUGGAUGGGUUAAUUGUGAGUUUGCUAUGGAUUGGUGUCAGAAAUAUGCAACGGUGGGAGCGGCUUGGUUGGUUAGAGAUUCUCGUGGUUGGAUUCAAGAACAUAGUAGAAGAUCCUUUUCUUCUAUUUCUUCAGUGUUAGAUGCGAAAUUGGCGGUCUUCUUAUGGGUCAUUGAGAGUAUGAUCAGCUUAAAGAAGAACAAGGUAGUCUUUGUUUCGGAUUUUCAUGAUUUGGUUGAUGCUGUUGUUCAUCCGAUUCAUUGGCCGGCUCUACAAUUUCAAGCAUCAGAAUUGCGAGUGGUGUUGCAGGAUUUAGAAGUUUGGAAUUUGCAGUUAGUGGAUCGAGAGAGUCUUAGAGGUGUAUCUUUCAUUGCACAAAGCGUGAAUAAUCUAGGUCUUUGGGAGUCUUAUAUUGCUGCGGGUCAUCCGCCCUGGCUUGAUUUGCUAUUUGUCAAUGAAAGAGCUCCUUCUAGCCGUUAA